AUGUCUGACUCAAACACCAUCAGCCUUCUGAUUCCUCCGGAGCCCUCAUCAAGACCGCAGAAUCUGCAAACCCAGAUACAGCAGAUCAUCGCACAGAAAGGUCAUUUUCGUCAUGUCACCGAACGUUCUCUCCUCGCCGAGAUCCAGGGCAAAGCCCCAGCACAGGACGCAGUGCAACCUGGCCAGGAGGACGAUCCUCAACCCGAGGAAGAAGAUUCUCCUCAGAGGCGCCAGGAACGCGUUUGGAAGCGCAGAGAUGAGAUGCUGGAGCGCCUAAAUUACGCCCAAAAUGAAGUCCUCUGCGCCUUGGACUUUGUGUCUUUCUUGAUUUCGCAGCAGUCAGUCCCCGCUCAGCAUUCGAUGUCGCCUGCCCUCCAACAAGCCGUCCCUGUGGGGACGUUGGCCUCGCGAAUCCUCAAAGACAGACCUAUCCCACCUUCUACGAAGCGGCGUCUGGCUUCUGUCUCUCAGGGUUGGAGGUCUGCGGGCUUCCAAUCAUCCUCGAAGAAGCUGGCUGCAGCCUCUGCUCGACUUCAAACAGAGGCAGAACGCGAGGCAGAGUAUUGGCACCAGAUUGCUGAUCUCAACAGCAAAGGAUGGUCGGUUUCGCGACUUCCACGAGAUCGCAAAGCCAUUGGCGUUCAUUUCGGAUUUGCUGAGUCUGCGCCACAAUUCCGUGAUCGAGGCUUCGCUCUUCUUCGCCAGACUGAUGAUGGCUCCGUGGUUCUGGAUCGACAGAUUGGCCUAAAGAAGCGCAAACGGCUGGGUGUUUAUGUCGUCCGGGCCGGCGUUAGAACAGGCGCAUUCGACUUUCAAACCCACAGCCCAGCCGAGACGACUGAACUCAACAGAAACCUCAACGAGUGCCGUAACGCCAUUUUCGAAGAAGAAUUAUUCUACGAAAUAUGCCGCGAAGCCCGACUUGUGGCCAACCAGAGUAUUACUACGCGCUCGCAGAGCGUUGAGAUUGACGUCGGUGGCAAGUACCAUUUGUCGCUCGUGUCCUCCACCGAAAUCGAGCAUGUGCCGGCUGCCAAUGCUGAAGACAAUUUAAUAGCUCAAUUUGUGGCAGUAUCUCUGCGUUUGUUGUUGACUGCCGCUCAUGAACAGAAUCUCAUCAGGCGAUCGCAGAAAUCGCCCCCCAUGAGCCUCAAAGCACGACCAACCACCGAGUACGCGCUGCUCCGACCUGUUCUAGCGCAUUUACGGCAUCGUGCAGAAGCAGGGGCGUUUUGGGAUAAGUGCAAUGCGCUGCUAGGUGCCUUCAAGCAGGCGAAUCUGCCGAUCACGGUGUCUAUGGAAGCCUCAAGCGCCGCAUUGUUCCAACAUCUGAAGAUUGAAACGCCUAACAGCAUACUUUCAGGCAUGAUGUUGCCAGUGAAAACCUCCUUCAGAAUAAGCCUGACAGCAGGGCGGAGCUUGCAGAUUGGACUAGCCACGUUUCUUGGGCCACCCCUCUUUGGCUCUCGCUAUGAGAUAUCGUCGACCGAUUUUGGAUUUGCAACUAUACCAUUGUCUCGGCACGAAACUCGCGACGAGGCGUUGUCAUUCGUGAGACGCAUGUUGACAUUGGAUCUAGUCUCGCACAGCGAGACGCUAGCGGUGGCGGAGGAAUCGGCAACACGAUCGGGGGCGGACAAGAGCAAACGGGCAGAAUGGGCGGUCUCACAGCCGCACAACGGCGAGUUGAGCUUGUGCGAUGCUCAAGAGGCUAUCGAGAAGCUGCAGAUCGCGGUUCAACCCGGGGCUAUCGGCGUCAAACUGAGCCCAGCGAGAAAGAAAAUCGGGGUUCAGAAUGUGGUGUGGUCCUGGACAUCUACUGGAUGUUCAAAGACCGAGGGAGCUGUAACGACCGCGGAAGCGGAUAUCACAUUUGAGGGAGCAAUAAAGGAGGCAGUAGAGCGCAGUAGCCACAGAAGCGGUAUCUAA